AUGGCAACGGAAUCUGACAAUGCCAGAAGUGUUAUCCAUCGAGACUUUAGCGUGGAUGAUGUCUUAUCGCAGCUCACUGUCGAUGAGAAAAUUGCUUUGAUUUCCGGUAGCGACCCCUGGCACACAUGCAGUGUGCCUCGCCUUGGGAUUCCCCGCAUUCGCCUGACAGAUGGGCCAAAUGGGGUGAGAGGGACCAAAUUCUUCAAUGGUGUCCCAGCUGCCUGUUUCCCUUGUGGGACUGGGCUCGCUGCAACAUGGGAUAUCGAACUAGUCCGAGAAGGGGGUGCUCUUCAAGGGACUGAGGCUAUUGCCAAAGGCGCCUCGGUCAUCCUGGGACCGACAACAAACAUGCAACGUUCCCCACUGGGUGGCAGGGGCUUCGAAUCGUUCAGUGAGGACCCUGUCUUGGCGGGGGCCAUGAGUGCUGCGACGAUCAAUGGCAUUCAGUCCACCGGUGUAGCUGCCACGCUGAAACACUUCGUGUGCAAUGACCAGGAGCAUGAACGGCAAUCGGUUGAUUCAAUCGUGUCAGAGCGGGCGUUGCGGGAAAUUUAUCUCAUGCCGUUCCAGAUUGCAGAAAGAGAUGCCAAGCCGUUGGCGUACAUGACGGCUUACAAUAAAGUCAACGGAGUUCAUGCGAGUGAGAGUGCAAAGCUCAUCAACGGGGUCUUACGGCAGGAAUGGGGCUUCGAUGGGCUAGUAAUGUCUGAUUGGUUUGGACUCUACUCGACAACGGACGCGAUCCAAGCUGGCCUCGACUUGGAGAUGCCUGGUCCUUCCUACAUGCGUGGUGGACUGGUGAAGCAAGCACUUGGAUGCGGCAAACUGUUGGAAUUUGAGCUUGAUCUCCGUGUUAAGGAGGUCCUGAAGCUUGUGAAAAGGGUUCUGCCACUUGGUAUCCCAGAGAAUGCUGAAGAAUCAACCGUGGAUACCGAGGCAACGGCUUCGCUUCUUCGUUCUCUAGCAUCAUCCAGUCUCGUGCUGCUGAAGAACGAGAGAGAAACUCUACCCUUUGAGAAGGAAAGGAAAACUCUGGUCAUUGGUCCGAAUGCAGACUUUGCGGCCUAUUGUGGUGGCGGAUCCGCAUCCCUCAAACCAUACUAUGCUAUUAGCCCUCUGGACGGAUUCAGAGCUCAAGCAUCCGACAUCCAGUACACAUUGGGGGCACCAGGCUGGAAGAAAAUGCCGCUCCUGUCCCGUUUGACCAAAAGUAGCCGUGGCUUAGAAGGAUUCGACAUGAAAGUCUUCCUUGAUUCCCCAUCAGUCCCUAAUCGGGAGGUCAUCGACUCUCUGUACGUCAACACAUCGGACAUUUUCCUUGCGGACUAUGAAAACCCUAAGAUCAAGGGAAAUCUCUUCUAUCUGACUCUGGAUGGUACUUUUACGCCCGAAGAGACCUCAGAGUAUGAAUUCAGCCUCUCUGUGUCAGGAACGGGCAAGCUCUUUGUAGACGGUCAAUGUGUCAUCGACAACGAAACCACUCAGACUCCUGGCGAUAGCUUCUUUGGGUCUGGGACCAUUGAGGAGAUUGGCCGCAUCAAGUUGGAGAAAGGGAAAACGUACCACAUCCACAUUGCCUUUGGCACACUGCCCACAAGAACCUUCAAUGUGGUCGGAGCGACUGCUUUCGGUGCAGGUGGUCUGCGAGCCGGUGGAACUCGCAAAAUUGAUCCGGAGAGCGAACUUGAGAAAGCUGUUGUCAUGGCCUCCCAGGUGGAUCAGGUAAUUUUGUGUGCCGGCCUGAACGGAGACUGGGAGAGUGAGGGUUAUGAUCGGAGUACUAUGGGCUUACCCCCCGGUACUGACGAGCUGAUUGAUCGUGUUGUCGCAGCGAAUCCCAACACAGUCGUUGUUAUCCAGUCUGGUACCCCUGUCAGCAUGCCCUGGGUUGACCGUGUACCGGCUUUGGUCCAUGCUUGGUAUGGUGGCAAUGAGACAGGCAAUGCGAUUGCCGACGUUGUAUUUGGCAAAGUGAGCCCAAGUGGCAAGCUACCAUUGACCUUUCCACAUCGGAAUGAAGACAAUCCGGCUUUCUUGAAUUAUCGGAGCGAGAGAGGACGCACAAUCUAUGGUGAGGGCGUCUAUGUUGGCUAUCGCUUCUAUGAAAAGUGCAAACGAGAAGUGGCGUUUCCAUUCGGCCAUGGCUUGAGCUACACAAAAUUCAAGCUGAGCUCAUUUUCACUCCAAGAAACCGACGAUACGCUCACAGUGACUCUUGAUGUCCACAAUUGUGGGAACGUUGAUGGUGCUGAAGUUGUUCAGGUCUAUGUUGCUCAAGAAUUACCCAGCAUUUGGAGACCUAUCAAGGAGUUGAAGGGUUUCCGCAAGGUGUUUGUUCAUUCAGGCAAGUCCGAGCGCGUCACAAUUCCUAUCUCGAGAAAGUACGCCACAAGCUUUUGGGAUGAGCACAGACACGCGUGGGUGCAAGAGAAGGGGCAAUACACCGUUCUUGUUGGUAAUUCUAGCGCUUACAACCCCCUCUCUGCUACUUUCCACAUUGGGCAAACCUCCUGGUGGACAGGACUGUGA